GGCCAAGCUCGGCUCAAGCACCCGAUCACAGGGUUUUGAUCGGCCCGUUGGGUCCGUCCCUACAACGUGCUCCUGAUUAGGUGGUUUAGCAAAUAGGAUGCGGGAGCUGUACGGUCGACAGACUCAGAUAAGAGGCCCUGCUCUGUUCUAGCGGUUGUGAUUACGUUCCGACGCUGACACCCCGUCGCAACAAUCCGAAGCCACCGACUGUACAGCGGCGAGCGACUGAUCGCCUCGUCGAAAGAGGCGGUACUGUUUGUGUCACCCACGACUCACAAUGUGGUCUUUCUUUGCGAGAGACCCCGCCAAGGACUUCGGAUACGAAAUUGGCGAGAUUGUGCCCGGACUAGAAGACAAAUCGAUCUGGCAGCUGCACAAGGGAAAGAAAAAGGGAGGCGAUCAAGAUGUGUCCGUUUUUGUAUUCGAAGCGAGAACAGGCAGUGAAAGCUUGCUGGACACCGCCAAGGCUUCUGUCAAAAGGCUCAAGACUUUGAGGCAUCCGAACGUUCUACAGUACGUUGACAGUCUCGAGACUGAGAAAGUUGUGUACCUAGUAACCGAAUAUGUGGAGCCCCUCGUUACGCAUUUGGAAGGGCAAAAGAAAGAUGAAGAAAAAAGACUAGGUGCCUCGUGGGGUCUUUACCAGGUUACGAAAGGACUCGGCUUCUUGACAGGAGACUGUGGCCUCAGUCAUAACAACAUUUGCAUGUCAGCCGUCUUCGUCAAUCGUGCUGGAGAGUGGAAGAUCGGAGGCGUAGAAUACAUGUGUCCUGUGACGGAGUCUCCGCCAAGAAAAAGCCUUCCUGCCUUAAAUGUCUACACACCGCCUGACCUCAGAGAUUCAUCUGCGUCCCACAGAAGGCAAGGGCCGAAGUGGUCAAGAGAUAGCUGGGGCCUUGGCUGCCUGAUGUGGGAAGUUUUCAACGGACCCUUGCUGAAGGCUGCUUCUCUCGAAUCUUCUGGAAAGAUCCCAAAAGCACUCACGCCUGCCUUCAACCAGUUAUCAAAUUCAAACCCUAGUUCCCGCCCCAGUCCAGCAGAUGUCCUCACGAGGUGUCGAUCAACCGGUGGGUUCUUCAAGAAUAGCUUCGUUGACACCAUGCUCUUCAUUGAAGAGAUUCAGAUCAAGGACAGUACGGAAAAGAACAGGUUCUUCUCGGGCCUCACAUCAGUCAUGGAUAACUUCCCAUCGAAUGUGUGCAAGUACAAGAUCCUCCCACAGCUGAUCAAUGCAUUUGAAUUUGGUGAUGCGGGAUCAGCCGUGCUGACACCUCUGUUUAAGAUUGGAAAACUGCUGGAUGCCGAAGAGUACAAGAAAAGGAUUGUACCCUGCGUUGUCAAGUUGUUCUCUUCUAAAGACAGGGCGACGCGGGCCCGUCUCCUGCAACAGGUGGACCAGUUUGUUGACUACCUCAGCAACGACGUCUUGAACCAGGAGGUAUUUCCACACGUCAUUCAAGGCUUCUCGGACACAAACCCGACGAUACGUGAGCAGACGGUCAAGGCAAUUGUGCACUUGGCACCGAAGCUUAGCUACAACAAUCUCAAUGAAGAGGUGAUGAAGCAUUUCGCGCGACUUCAGGCCAGGGACGACCAGGGUGGCAUCCGAACAAACACCACUGUGUGCCUUGGAAAGAUUGCGAGCCAUCUUCACCCCCAGGUGCGACAGAAGGUGCUAAUAGUGGCAUUCACGCGUGCCAUGCGGGACCCCUUCCACCCGUCCAGGAUGGCCGCCAUCUUGGCCCUGUCUGCCACCCAGGGCUACUUCACCCUCAAAGACUGUGCGACCAAAGUGCUCCCUGCACUGUGCGCCCUCACCAUGGACCCUGAGAAGACUGUCCGGGACCACGCAUUCAGAGCGAUCAAGGGUUUCUUGGGAAAACUGGAAAAAGUGUCCGAGGACCCAAGCCUAGCCGAGCAGAUGGAGGCGGAUGUGAAUGCAGCCAGCUCAAGUGUGCCAUCAAGCCUUGCAGCCAGCUGGGCUGGCUGGGCAGUGACAUCGCUCACGUCAAAGUUUUACCGCUCCAAACCUACUGCAGACUCCACUAUGCCCCCCGGUGCAGCGGGAAGUGGAGAUGUGCAGGCACCGCAGCCUCCCGAUGCAUCUUCGCCCACUACAGAGGGCCCUGCGUCGCACGAUCGCCGAACGUCCGAGGAUGCUAGCAUCGACUCUGACAAGUGGGACGACCAAGACGACUGGGGAGAUAUGGAGGAAGACACUAAAGGUGACUCGGCUAAAAGUGGCACUUUGUCAAAAGAGCCUGCCUCCUCGGCGCACGAUGGCUGGGACGACGGUGGCUGGGAGAGCUUCGAAGAAGAGUCUGCCUCUCCUUCUGAACCACCUUCAAGAAAGUUCUCUUCCGAGUCAAAGCCUCCUCCGGAUUCAAAGCCGGCUAGUUCCUACAACUGGGGCAUAACCCGAGACAGCGAAGAGGAUUUCUUUUCUAGUGCCACCCGCGCAGGAGCCACAAAACAGGCACCUAAGCCUACGUUGGCUGAUACAAGGCGAAGUCCAACCGCCGAGAACGUGUGGGAAAACAACGAAUGGGACAACUGGGGUACCAGCAAAGAGGUGACCCUGACUGGUAAGGGUGACUCAAAGAGUGAGGAAUCGCGGCAGCAAAGGGAGGCCAGGCGACAGCAGCGACAGAAGGAACUGCAAGAGCGGAGAGCAGCCCGACAGGCUGCGGGACCCAUGAAGCUAGGCGUCAAAAAGGAAUUUUAACAACACAUGUGAAUAAAUUGCUGUUU